AUGAUCGAUCAACUUCCUGAUGAAUUAUUAUUCUCCAUCAUGCUGUAUUGUGAAGACUUGAAAACAGUCUCCGAGAUGCUCCUUCUCAACAAACGUUGUCUAUCUAUGGCCAGAUACGAAGCCUUGUGGAGAAUGAGAUUUGCUUUCUUUCUCAAAAAAGAAGUUUGGCAAGAAGAAGCCAAACUCUCUCAUGACCUGUAUAAAUUACAAAUCUCCAAACAAAAAGGACAAAUCAGGAAAUUGAAUGAAAAAAUUAAAACUCAUGUCAAAGAGGCAGAGAGUAUGUAUUUGAGAGAGAAACAUUUGUGUGAAGUUGGAGCUGUGUUGAAAGAGGAUGAAGAGGAUGUAUUGCAUUUGAAUCACCAUCCACAACUACCAGCCAAUACCUUAUCGGAGGAUAAGCAAAAGGAUGAUGUGACAUCUUCCACAGUGGAACGAGGUCAACAAUCUCAAAAAUUAACAGCCAACAGCAUCAUUGAAAAAACAGGAGGAGUUGUCGAUUUCUAUAUCGGAUAUCGUUUUUACACCAUUGCUAAAAAGGAGGUGACAGGAAGAGCAACCUCUAAAUUGCAUCAGGAAUUUUCAGAGACCUACUGUAGUGCAUUGAAAAAUUUUGGACUCGGACAGCACGGCAAUCAAACCUUACUGGUGAUGAAUCCUGAUACCAAUCCUUUGAUCAUCAAGUGGAAGAAGGUGGUUGCAUUCUCUCAAGAAAAUUUUAUCGCUGAUUCGAAUGAUCACAGAGACAUGGAAUAUCAUCUUCAACGAAAGGCAUCACCAUUUCUGAUUGCAAGCUUUUUCGAAGAUUAUUACCACAUAAUGAAACAUGUGGACAAGUAUUUUGCAGGUCUUAACGCUCCCAAUGAAAGAGAUCAAUUCCAGGAACUCAAUUCCAAGUUAGUGAACCCCAUCAUUGAGUUAACUUCGACAAGCAAGUUCCAAUAUCCAGUGAAUAUUUUCAGAUUGUUGGAAGAAGGAGCAUUUAAAUUGAGCGACUACACUCUCAACGAAUCACUCAUGCAUGAAUUGAAGCUAGAAUUACAGAGAGACGAUAAUUCCAAGAAAUUUAAAACUGUGUCAAUUAAGGAUUUAGAUAUUAUCAAUUUCCUGUUGCCACAAUUCACUGCUCUAUUGCAUAUGAGUUAUGAUGUGAGUGAAAUUGAGCGAAUUUUGCGAUUUUGGAUUCAAGAAUUUCCAUCCCUCAUGUCACACGUAAAAUCGCAACCACCUUAUUCUGCAACACCACCAAACACUCUCUCCAAAUCGGAUGUUGACGUGUUGGCCUCCUAUUUGAUAUCACGCUGUCCUGUGAGACAUCAGUUCAUUCACCACAUGUCCUAUGAGCUGUUAAUUAAGGCCACUUCGGAUUGGGGUCUUUAUGACCAAUUUGACAUUCCAAGCACAAUCGACACCAUUUUCCAUGACUAUCGCAAACUUCAUGAACACAGAGGUUCCAACUCCUUUAGAACUCAUCCCAUUUCUGACGAAGAAUUGAUUGAUUUCAUUCGACUUCUUGAAAAGCUUUAUAACAAGGGAGAAAACGUGAUUAAUGCCAAUGCUGCCGUGACAUGUGUGGUUUUUUGCUCUUCAUGGCUACUCUGGAAGUUUUGCAUUGAGGAACGAAAAAUUAAUCUUAAUGAGGCUACUUCAUUCUUUAAGAGUGACAGCUAUUACUUUGCUGGACCAUGCUCAAUUCUUUAUCGGUUUGUAGAUCAACAAAAUAGAUCCAUGGAUGAAAGGGAAUACGUUUCACGAGUUGAAUAUAUUAUGAACCAUUUAGAUCACUCCAUCGAUUAUCAUCGUCAUGCCGUCAAUACCGAUCCAAUUUCAUCUGUAUUGCUCCGUUUCGUUUCGUUUUAUUCCCAACAGAUGCCUCUUGAUGGCAGUGAACAAUUUCUCGAGUCGCUUAAAACCAACACCAAAGUUCAGCGAUGGAAGAAAUUGAUUCAAAGAAUGUUUGAGAUGGGUUCCCGAGCGACACGAAUUACGAACAAGGCUUACGUUUCGCAAGGAUAUGCGCGUUAUUACUAUUCCGUUCCUUUUGAAAUGCUAAGCCAAUACCCUCUCUUGUGCCCAUUUGAGGAUCUCAUUACUGAACAGGCUAACAUUGAGGAAACUGAAGAAAUGGAGUCCAGUAUGAGGUACUAUGACAUGUUAUCAUUGAUUCAACCUUCUACCACGUUAUCAGCCACCCAGGAACUUCCUGUACAGCAAGAACAAUAUCAUCAUGAAGAAGAGCAAUAG